UCUCAGACUGACACUUAUUCAACACUGCCACCUUAAGCAGAUUACUUUUGCGCUGCCUGUGUCAAAUACGUGCUUCACUUUGCCUCUCCAUCAUGUUUGGGAUGCUCAAACAACACCUUCACCCGUGCAUUUUUCUCCUGUUCAUAUGGCUUUGUCACGUCAUGGAGCAUCAAAAAGUUCAAGCUGGAAACUGCUGGUUGCAGCAGGGGAAGAACGGGAGGUGCCAGGUGCUCUACGUGCCUGGGAUGAGUAGGGAGGAGUGUUGUCGGAGUGGAAGACUGGGGACGUCCUGGACCGAGGAGGACGUCCCCAACAGCACACUCUUUAGAUGGAUGAUCUUCAAUGGCGGAGCUCCCAAUUGCAUACCUUGCAAAGGUGGAGAAAGCUGCGAUAAUGUGGACUGUGGACCUGGGAAGAGGUGCAAGAUGAACAGAAGAAGUAAGCCGCGCUGCGUGUGCGCACCAGACUGUUCCAACAUCACGUGGAAAGGACCGGUCUGCGGAUCAGAUGGAAAGACCUACAAAGAUGAAUGUGCUCUUCUGAAGGCUAAAUGUAAAGGCCACCCCGAUCUGGACGUGCAGUACCAAGGAAAAUGCAAGAAAACGUGCCGUGAUGUCUUGUGCCCCGGCAGCUCCACAUGCGUCGUGGACCAGACAAAUAACGCUUAUUGUGUGACGUGUAAUCGGAUUUGCCCCGAGGUGACGUCGCCUGAGCAGUACCUGUGUGGAAACGACGGGAUCAUCUAUGCCAGCGCGUGUCACCUGAGAAGGGCUACAUGUCUCCUUGGCCGCUCUAUUGGAGUGGCAUAUGAGGGGAAAUGCAUCAAGGCCAAGUCAUGUGAGGACAUCCAGUGCAGUGUGGGGAAGAAGUGUCUGUGGGACGCUCGGAUGGGCCGGGGCCGCUGUUCAAUCUGUGAUGAGUCCUGUCCAGAGAGUAGGACAGAUGAGGCGGUGUGUGCCAGUGACAACACCACAUAUCCCAGUGAAUGUGCCAUGAAGCAAGCUGCUUGUUCUAUGGGGGUGUUGCUGGAAGUCAAGCACUCAGGAUCUUGCAACUGAAACUGCCCAAAAGACACCCAAGCCACUGGAACCAUCAGCCCCAGUGCCCCUUAUGCCUGCCUCCCAGCCCCCAUAACCCACCUUAUGACCCCUCCCAUCUACCCCCUCUUUCCAUCAUUCCUCUUUUUUCUCAUGCUGCAGUGCUGACUUGCCAGAUUAUGUAAAUGGACGUUGUAUAAUUGGGGAUGCCACAGUAAUUGUUGCUGCCAAGUCACACAGACUCUUCCUCACAGAUGCACACACAUACAUAAUCAUACACACACAUACACACAAAAAAGAAAGAAAAGAAGGCUGUGUGUGAAUCUAUAUUGUGAGCUUUGUUUUACAUUUAGUGAUAUUUGCGCUGUUGUGGUCCAUAUUCAUACAACAGCUACCAUAUAUUCUCCCAUAUAGCCAUUACAGAAGACCAGGAGGAGGAUGAGGAAGAUGAGGACUCAGACUACAUGGCCUAUGUCCAUUUAUCUUCUGUACUGGAUGGAUAGGCUCCCAUCACUAGUGGGACAGUUCUAGGGCAAGGAAUCAUGUCCAUACUGUACAUUAUGUGUAUGCUUAUUUAUUUUUUAAAGAAAAAGGAAGUAUACAUAUAGUUCAGUCUGCUAGAUGUUUAUUUAUACUUUUUGUGUUUUAUAAUUUAUACAUUUACAUUGUCAGGCUAUCAUCUACCAUGAUAAAUUGUGUUACCGCUCAUUUUUCCUUUUUUGCUAUCGUCCCUUUUACUUUCUUUUUUUAUCAUGAAGAAUUAUAUUUGUCCAAAGAAAAACAGUGUUAUUUAUUUGUCAUUUUACUGUGUAAGUAUAAGUCCUCUACAAGCUGUAAAUUGCAUUCCCUGAGCUGUAAAAAUCUGCUUUGUUUCUGUCAAAUCUCUAUCACAGAUGUUUAUGUCACACAUACGUAAAUGCAUGUUUAGGCUGUGUGUUUAUUUAUUGGGUAUAUAUCAAUCAUUUUAUGUACAGACAUGUUUUUGGUUUGUUUACAACUGUAAUAACUGACCAAAGGGAUUCUCUCAAUGGUUUUGCAUUGUAAAACGCAGCAGUGAUGAAAUGAAAAAGAAAAAGAGAGCCAUUUGAUUUUCUUUUCUCAUUUUUAAAAAGAUUUUCUUUGGUUUUAGCCCUUUAGAUGUUCUUCCAUCUGAAAGCAACCCAUUUAGACAGAAUUCCAUAGCAUUUAUUUUGUCUCACCACUAUUAAGAGGUAAGUUUUGGACAAUACUUGAUUAUUUUGGAAACAAUGUGCCAUUAACAUUUGUGAGCUGUCUUCUUGCCAAUGUGCUCCACAGAGCUAAUAGGAAUAAUGUACUGCAGUUAUCUACACUAUACACUUCUUCAACUUGUUUAAUUUUUUUUUUGAUUGUUUGUUUGUUGUUUUUUCAGAAAGAAUUUUUAUUUUCAAUCAUCACAAGAGAAAAACAAAAUUCUGUUAUGAAUAUAUAGUUUUGUAUUUUUAUGUAAAUGUCAUAUGUACAUACAAAGUUUGAUGGUAUUUGUACAGAUAUGAAGAGUGAAACAAUAAAAGUUUUUUUUCCUUA